CGCCCUCUUCCGGGUUGUCGUUGGCCAUGCGAAAGUUCACAGGGCAACCGGAGGUCGUGUUGUGUUUUUGCUUUCAGUAGUGAUGUGAUGGCUUCCCUGAGUCUGUUUAUGAGAAGGCAGCUGCCGCAGGUCGUGUCGCAGUUUGCCCGGGUAGUGAGGCUCGUCCCGGCCGACGGCUGCCGAGUCCCGGUGCGGAGGCUGCACGGCUCGGCUCGGCUCCGGGCCGGCGACAAGGGACCGUGGGGCAAGGGCCGGCUGCCGGAGCAGCAGCAGUACCAGCUGACAGACCUGGACAAGGCGGAUGCUUUGAUGCUGAGAAAGUCACAUGAAACAGGAUUCCUGUCCUGGUUCAGGAACGGUCUGUUGGCAACCGGGAUCGGAGUCAUUGCCUUCGUCCAGAGUGAAGUGGGACGAGAAGCAGCGUAUGCCUUCUUUAUCCUCGGUGGUGUGUGUGUGUCAUUUGGCGGUGCCUCAUACAUUGGCAGUCUGUUCGCCUUGCGGAGGAUCAUGAUGCUGUCCCUGCCAGCGCUGCUGCUCCAUGGAGCCGUGGUGAGCAGCGCUGCCCUCUUCUGGCUGUGUGCGGUAUCUCUCUACAUCGGCCGGCUGGAGGUAGAGAUCAUCCACGAGGAGGAGGAGGAUGACGACGAAGAGUGCCGGGAGUGCCGGGAGAGACGCGAGCACAGAGGUUACGGUGGCUCCCGCGACAGUAGGCGCCACGACAAUGAGGACAGUAACAGCAAAAACAAAUAGAGCUCUUCCCCUGAUGGAGAGGAACGUGUGUGUGGUGUUUUCUGCUGCUUUGAAUCAGGGUUUCCCAGUUUGUGUGUGCGUGAGUGCAAGCAUGCUUACAUGUGUCCAUACUGAGGGGAGGUGUGUGUGUUUGAGUGUGUCUGAGAGAGCGUCUAUGUCCAUGUCUUUUGCUCUGAUAAAAACCUAUUGUCCAUUCUUAUGUUGAUGUGAAGGUUACUAUAAAGGAUGAGAAUGACUUUUGUGACUUUUUCGAAAAACUGCUUCGAGAAAAUGCUGAAAAUUCUUGUCAAGUUGUUGAUAAUCAUUUGAUAGAGGGACUACAUUCACUUUCUGGUCAAAGAAGAAGCUGUUUUUGUAACAUCUUUCAUAUGCGGAAUUUUCAGAGCUGCUUUACUUAAAACAUUUAUCAAAUCGUUUCUCUAAAAUUGUAUUUUUUAUGUUUUACAUUCUCACAGUCAGUACCUCCAAAGACUCACUGAGAGCAUAAUAUUUUUGAUCAAGUUUACCUUUCAGGGCACUGUGGGCAAACAUUUUUAUUUUAUUCAGUUGACAUCAGUUUUUCUAUAUAUUUUUUUUUCCAACACAAUUCACUGCGAUUAAUUACUUGAAUCCUUCAUAGAAAUCUUAAAAUAAAUCAAGCUGGUGUUGUGCUAUUUUACCUUGAAAAAAUGGACAUAUGUGCAUGUUUCCGGUCUGUGUCAAAGUGUUCAAAGUAUACUUUGGAUUGCAAAUCCACGAGGGCUUAGACUUUAUUUUUCCAGAGUUUAUUCUGUAAAAUAAACUUUUUUUUUUUUUUUUUUUUUAAAUAGUAAUAGCAUUUUGGUCAGAUUCUGUUUGUCCUUUGGAAACGAUAUUUUUCCAAAAAAAAAAAAAAAAAAGUAAGUAUUUUUUUUUUCUGUGUUGCUAUUUUCUCUCUGGUUUUGUGGAUAUAUAGUGCAUAUACCUAAUGUAACCCUGAACCUUUUUACAUCUUGAAUGAAGAUCAUUGUAAUUGCUGUUUUAACGGACAGUGAGAAUAGUUUAGGAACACAGUUUGGCAUUUGUGUGGGUCCUUAUAGGAUCUUGGGUUUACUUGUUUGUGUGCAUCACUUUGAGUGCACUCUGCUGUCAAGAAAUAAAAUCGGACGAAUAUAUGCUGAAACACAGCUACAAAGCCAGACUGCAGCAUGUUUUCUAUUUUUUUUUUUUUCUAUGUGUAACUGGACCAUAAAGUACAGUUUGCGACAUAGGUAGGCUGAUGCAAUAUCACGUGAGACACUGUCACAUUUUUGGAUGAUGCAAACAAGGAACAAUAUAAUAUAAUGUGUUUAUGUGUGAACACUGCCAAUCAAAUAAACAGUGAUUUCCCCCUA